GGCCGGGCAGCCAUUUUGGGCAGAGCUUUGUUAUGAUUCGGUCUCGGGAACUCAAGCUACACGGGGAGUGAGGGGGGUGAGCUGGGGCCUGGUCCGGUGAGCACGGCCUUGUGUGGAGAAAAGGGACGAUGAGUUGGACUUGAGGUGGCGUUGAGCGGCAGCUCGUGUCUGUGGGAAAACUGAGGAUAAAUGGGAGAGGUGAAGGCACCAGGGAUGAAGUGGAUACCGAAUUAAAGUUUAGGGAAGAAACUAUCGCAGCUCCAGUAAGUGGAAGAGAGUACUUCAUGAAUGCUUUUUGAUGGAAGAAGACUGUCAACCAAAUGUGAAUUCUUCAUUAUAAUACAACCAUUUUUUCUCUCUUGCUUAAUUAAAAUAGGAACAAUCCAGGUAGAAUAGUUUAGGGGGAGAAUGCUUUCUAGCCUGGCCUUUUACUUAUUUUAUUGAAAACAUACAUAGGAACAAUAGAAAGACAGAAAUUAUUGUGAUUUUUGUAUCUUUAUCAAAUUGUUUUUAGUUCCUUAGCAGACAGGCUUAAGUUAUAAGAAGUAAAAGAACUUUCAUGCUACUGUUUUUAAGAAGGUCAACACAACUUUUUUAGCAACUGUAAAAGUCGUGAAGAUGAACCUUGCAUGGUAGGACUUCUAGGAACAAGUUAGUGUACAGUUCCACAAUUUGCAAGACUUAGUGGGCUCGUGUCAGCCUCCUCUUUCCCUACUCCCCCUCCCUUAUUGGAAACUGAUUUGUGGCAGAAGAUGAACAGAGUGGAUUUGUGGAUCUCACCAUUAAUCAUGGUGUUUUUCUGAAUGUUGUACAGAUCUGAUAAAUACUUUUGAAAUGUAAUAGAGUUACACAACACUGUAACAAAAGAAAAAAAGUUUAAUGAGGUGAAUGUGCUUGUGGCUUUCCAAAAAUGCACACUCCCUUUUAGGUAUAUUUUUUCUCAUAUGAGUGCAAAGAGCAAUUAAGAUGAGCAGCUAGAGGGGUAAAGGGUGCAGUCAGCACGAAGUGCGGCUUCUCGUGCUUCCUUUGGGACUCACCAUUGCCACAAAGUUGGCAUAGGUGCACCCUGAAGAAAAAAGGAACCUGAAGAUCCAAGAAGAGUGCUAAAAGUGAGAGUGGACUGCAAAGGACAAACUGGAUCCUGGCCAUGAGGUUUGAUGCCUCACUUGAUUGAAGAGAGACACUGGACCUAAAUGGCGCAGCAUGACUUUGUUCCUGCCUGGCUUAACUUCUCUACACCACAGUCUGCCAAGGCCCCUGGAGCCACUUUUGAGAAGCAUGGGGAGCAUCUUCCUCGGGGAGAGGGCCGCUUUGGAGUAAGCCGGAGGCGCCACAACUCUUCAGAUGGCUUUUUUAAUAAUGGACCCCUCAGAACUGCAGGAGACUGCUGGCAUCAGCCUUCCCUGCACCGCCAUGAUUCUGUGGAUUCUGGUGUUUCUAAAGGAGCUCAUGUUGGGCUAGCUGGCAGUCAGCCUGGCUGGCAUGGUUCUUCACGGGGCCAUGAUGGCAUGAAUCAGAGAGGAGGAGGAAGUGGAUCCCAUCGCCACUGGAAUGGCAAUUUCCAUUCCCGAAAGGGUUCAUCCUUUCAGGAAAAACCAGCUGCUGAGGCCAGAGAGGAGAAGGAAGAAAAGGAGAAGCUGCAAUUUGAGGAGGAAGACUUUCCAUCAUUGAAUCCAGAAGCUGGGAAACAGAAUAGCCAGAGUAAACCAGUUGGGACGCCAUCUGGUGUUUGGGAAAACCCUCCUAGUGCCAAGCAACCUACCAAGAUGCUGGUCAUCAAAAAGGUUUCAAAAGAAGAUCCUGCUGCUGCCUUCUCAGCUGCAUUUACGUCAGCAGGGCCUCAGCUUUUAAAUGGCAACAAGGCAACCACCAUUGUCCCAAGUGUCUACAAAAAUCUGGUUCCUAAGCCUGCAGCACCACCUUCCAAGCCAAGCCAGUGGAAAGGUAACAGAAGUGAACAUAAACAAGGCUCACUCACCUCCAGCCGUGAUUCUGCUUUUACCAGUCCAGUGUCUGUAACCAAACCAGCUGUAUUGGCCAGUGGCUCUGUUCUUGCUUCUUCCAAAGAGAGCCCCUCUAGCACCACCCCUCCCAUUGAAAUAAACUACUCUCGUUUGACAAAGCUGAUGCGACGCACCACAGAUAAGAAGAGUGAGUUCUUGAAGGCUCUGAAAGAUGACAGGAAUGGAGAGAUGCCAGAACGCCAUGAGAACAACAAACUGGAGGAUAUGGAGGGAGGCAGCACACCAGAACCAAAGGAAAACUGGGAAGAGAAUUGCCAUCAGAAUGGUCUUUCUCUACCUUUGGAAGAAGGGGAGAACCUUUCUAACUCAUUAGAAGCAGAACACAGAUUAUUGAAAGCAAUGGGAUGGCAGGAAUAUCCUGAAAAUGAUGAGAAUUGCCUUCCCCUUACAGAGGAUGAGCUCAAAGAGUUCCAAAUAAAGUCUGAGCAGCUAAGAAGAAAUGGCUUUAAGAAGAACGGAUUUUUUCAAGGCCGUGGCAACAGUCAACUGUUCUCCCAGUGGAGAAGCACUUUCAAGACAGAGUUUGAAGAAUCAGAUACAGAAACAAGUAGCAGUGAAACUUCAGAUGAUGAUGCCUGAAAAUGGGCACCAAAAAACACAUUACAAAACCAACCCAGCAAACUCAGUUCAGUUCAGCACAUAAAUGUUUGGGGUUCAAACAAAGCAGAGUUUAUUCUGUCUCAAGUCUGUUCAGUUUCUUUUUAUCGUUGAAAACUUCAUGCACAAGGGAAAAAUUUAUAUCCCAAAGAAGAAAGCUAUUGGCUUAUUACUUUUUGGUUUUGCCCUUCUGUGCUUCAUAGAGAACAGUCCAUGCAGAAGGUGACCCAUGGACUUCUUGGGGCAUGGCCUAGGAUCAGUCUCAUCAGACGCAGGAUGUAAGGGACUGAGUUGGGCAACCACAAGCUUCUCAUACUGCCGUCCACAUAGCAGAAUGCUGUGCGGCAAUAAUGUGCUAAAACAAUCAUUGUCAAUGACAAAAUGGCUAUGGAAGUUCUAAUUGUGUUAAAUUAAUGCUAAUAACAUGGAACUUUUUAUUAUUAUUUUUUUGGCGGCUCGGGAAGCUUCAUCACUUAACCAGGCGUGUUUGUUUUUUUUUUCCUUUUUUGGGUACAGCUGUAAAAUAUUUGGAUAUAGGAAUUGUUUGUGUUCUUCUUGCAACCUUGAUAUUCAGGGUGGAUUGUAAAAUAUAAAUUUUUGUGGGAUUUCAAAGAUUAAGAUUAUUUUGAUAACAUUAUUUACAGAUUUAAAAAAGUGACUAUCACAUUGAGUCUGUAUGAGGGGGAAAACUACUGCAUCAAAAGAUAACUAACUUGGAAUAAAUAUUUUGCAUCAGUUUGCCAA